GUCGCUGUGUUUCCUGCUCUGGUGGCGGAACGUUAGGGAGGACGCAGGGGCACCCGAAAGCCGGGAAAUGGACUCAGUUGCCUUUGAGGAUGUGGCUGUGAACUUCACUGUGGAGGAGUGGACUUUGCUAGAUCCUUCCCAGAAGAAUCUCUACAGAGAUAUGAUGUUGGAAACACUGCAGAACCUGGCAUGUGUAGGAAAAAAAUGGGAAGACCAGAAUAUUGAAGAUCAGUAUAAAAAUGCCAAAAGAAAUCUAAGAAGUCAUAUGGUAGAGAGAGAUUGUGAAAUUGAAGAAGGUAGUCAAUGUGGAGAAACCUUCAGCCAGAUUUCAGAUUACAUUCUAAAGAAGACUGCUGUUGGAUUAAAACCACAUGAAAGCAGUGUGUAUGGAGAAGUCCUCACUUGUCAUUCAUCCCUUAACAGACACAUCAGGGCUUAUAUUGGGCAGAAACCAUGUGAGUAUCAGGAAUAUGGAGAGAAGACAAAUAAACGAAAGCAAUGUGGGAAAGCCUUCAGUUGUCACCAUUCCUUUCGAAUACAUGAAAGGACUCAAACUGGAGAGAAACCCUAUGAGUGCAAGGAGUGUGGGAAAACCUACAUUUCUCUCACAAGUGUUCAGAGACACAUGAUAACACACAGUGGAGGUGGACCUGAAAAAUGUAAGGUCUAUGGGAGAGCGUUUGAUUAUCCUAGUUUAUUUUGUAUACAUGAUCAACCUUAUACUAGAGAGAAACUCAAUGAAUGUAAGCAAUGUGGGAAAGCCUUCAGUAGUUCUAAUUAUAUUCAAAUACAUGAAAGAAUUCAUACUGGAGAGAAACCCUAUCAAUGUAAGCUAUGUGGGAAAGCCUUCAAUAAUUCCAGUGACUGUCGAAAACAUGAAAGGAUUCACACUGGAGAGAAACCGUAUGUAUGUAAACAAUGUGGUAAAGCCUUCAGUCAUUCCAAUAGUUGUCGAAAACAUGAAAGAGCUCACACUGGAGAGAAACCCUAUAAAUGUAAACAAUGUGGUAAAGCCUUCAGUCAACCCAGUUCUGUGAGAAUGCAUGAAAGAAUUCACACUGGAGAGAAACCCUAUGAAUGUAAACACUGUGGAAAAGUCUUUAGUUGUUCCAGUUUCAUUAGAAUACAUGAAAUAACUCACACUAAAGAGAAACCCUGUAAAUGUAAACAAUGUAAUACAUUCUUCACUCAAUCCAUUUCAGUUAGAGUGCAUGAAAGAUGUCACACUGGAGAGAAACCAUAUGAAUGUAAGGAAUGUGGAAAAGCCUUCAGUUAUUCCAGUUCUUGUCGAAAACAUGAAAGAAGUCUCACUGGAGAGAAACCCUUUGUAUGUAAACAAUGCGAGAAAGCCUUCAGUUAUUCCAGUAGUUGUCAAAAACAUGAAAGAACUCACACUGGAGAGAAACCCUAUAAAUGUAAACAAUGUGGUAAAGUCUUCAGUCAAUCCAGUUCUGUGAGAAUGCAUGAAAGAAUUCACACUGGAGAGAAACCCUAUGAAUGUAAACACUGUGGUAAAGUCUUUAGUCGUUCCAGUUUCCUUAGAAAACAUGAAAGAACUCACACUAGAGAGAAACCCUAUAAAUGUAAACAGUGAUAAAGCCUUCAGUCAAUCCAUUUCUGUUGGAAUGUGUGAAAGAACGUUCAGUGGAGAGAAACCGUAU